AUGUGUUCUUCAUCCCUUGGUGCAGCUGGGCUGAGGGAGGCGCUGAGAUGGAGCUGGUCCUUUUCUCCCUCCCAGAGGCCGCCUGGACUGGCGUUCUGCCGGUCACGAGUCCGAGUCCCGCCGGCUGCGCGCUCCCUGGGCGGAUUUCCCUUGCUGCGCGAGUUGAGCGCGGGCCGGCGUUGGAAGGGGUUUGGUCCGUGGAUCGGGGCCUGCCCCGCCGCCGCUUCUGUCCGGGCCCUCAGCCGCUUGAACCCGAACUUUUCCCCCCACAGGAGGGCGCUGAGCGCUCCGGGCACCUGCUGGCCAUGCUGGCGACGUGAAGGUCGGCGACUUCAGGGAAGGAUCCUGGGGACGUCGGGCCAUGGCCCCCGGGGCCGGCUGAAGGCAGGAGCUGCCGGGGAGCUGCCGUCGCCGGGAGGGAGCGAAUUCGAUGCCCUGGAAGGGCCGGUACCCAGGAGGAGGCGCUUCACGGCCCGGAGUCUCGGAGCAUGGUCCCCGGAGAGCCGCGCGCAACAGAAGGCGCCCGAUCUGUCGAGACGGAGCGCACGAACUGCUUUGAAGUCACUCAGAAAUAGCCAUUCAGACUGUCCGCAGUUGACAAGUAGGAUGGAGUGGAAAGUUGACUGGUCAAGGCACAAAUUACACAGACCUCCGUCUUCCUGCAGGAGAUUUCCUAUCCAACAAGCACGAUGCAGGGAGCGGGAUUUCUGGGGUACCUUAACUAUACUAUCACUGUUUGCUGAGAUAGUUAUGGCAAAUUCAGAGACAUUGAGAGCAGCUUCAGGAAGCCUGGGCUCUGUCAACUCUGCCUCUAUGGAAAAUAACAGCAUGGAAACACCAUUUCUGGCUACGUGGAACCACCAGCAUGGGAAAAACGUGGCCAUGCAAGACCUGAACACAUCUGAACUUCUCAGGACUGCACAUUCCCCAUCGCACUCAAGAAAUGCCAAGAGAAACCCCAGAAGGUCUGGGAGGGGUACUUGUCGCUUACAUAGCCGCGCACUCAAUGUGCAAGACCUGGGGCUUGGCUAUAAAACUGAGGAGGUUGUUUUGUUCAAGUAUUGCAGUGGGUCAUGUGAGUCUUCCAUCACUAACUAUGACCAGAUCUUGAAUUACAUCAUGCAGAAAGGUCUUGUGCCUGCAGAGAAGGAUUUCGUUUCUAAACCUUGCUGCCGACCCCUCCGGUUUGAGAACUUCUCUUUCCUGGAUAUAUACAAUGUCUGGCAAAAUGUGGAAAAAGGUUCAGCAGCUGCAUGUGGUUGUGUGGGCUAAAUAUGCUAUCUGAUCUGAGCUCCCAGGGUUUCUGAAUUGAUAUAUCCUUGUUCAUGCUACAGAGAGAUCAUAAAAGAUAGAUAUAAGAGAUCAUAGACAGCCAAUUUGGUCUAGUGGUUAAGGCACCAGGCUAGAAAGUGGGAAACGGUGAGUUCAUGGCCCACCUUUACCAUGAAAGCCAGCUGGGUGACUUUGGGCCAGUCCCUCUCUCUUAGCCCAACUCACCUUACAGGGUUGUUGUUGUGGGGAAAAUAGGAGGAAAGUGUACUGGACAUGUUCACUGCCUUGAGUUAUUUGUAAAAAUGAUAAAGGCGGGAUACAAAUAAAUAAAAUAAAAAUAAGCCUGCCCUGCCAGUAAGUGGCAGCAGGAGGAGAAAUAAACUUCACACUAGUGUCCAGGUGCGAGGAAUGAAUGGACAAUUAACAGGAGCAAAGCAUAGUAUUUUGGGC